AUUCAUGAUUUGAGGGGAAGGCCAGGGGCAUGAGGUAGUUGAAGAGAGAGGGGGGCUCAAACUCAACUCAUCACUCUCCACCACCAAGUGGAUCCAUAUCCAAAGGAGCAAAUGAUGGCAGGAAACCCUAAUUGGUGGAACAUGAAUAUUCCACCACCACCACCACCACCACCACCAUCUUCUUCUCCUUCUCCUCCUCCCCCCCUUUCACAUGCUCUCUUUCAAUACCCUCAUCCUCAUCAUCAAUAUGGGUUUGGCUCAUCUCCUUCUCAUCCCCUGAGCUCCUUUGUAGCUGACAACAGCUCCCAUGAUCAGCUUCCUCCUCAGUCUUGGAGCCAACUCCUCCUGGGUGGAUUGUCGGGAGAAGAAGCUGACAGCUAUAAGUCAGGUCCAAGUUUCUACCAGACGAGAAAGUUUGGGAACUGGCCGGUAGUGGAGGACCAAUCUAUCCUCAGCCGUGAACCCUCUCCAGGACUUCAUGUUAAGCAAGAACAGGUUGCACAGCAUGGAAACCCAUACAUUCAGCAUGAGGAACUUCCGGCUGGGCAUAAACCGGCAACUGUGUGGCCAACUGCCCAUAUGAUUCCAGUCUCAUCGCCGGGCUCCUGCGUCACAACUUUAAGUAGUAGUACUAAUAGUGUAUUAGACUUCUCUAGCAACAUCAGCAAGGGAGAUCAUGGCUCCAGAAAUAAUCAAAAUCUGGAUCAUAGUUCGUCUGAGUGUAAUAGCACAGCCACAGUGGGGGCAUGCAAGAAGGCUAGGGUUCAAUCUGGUUCAAACCAACCUCUCAAGGUGAGGAAGGAGAAGCUCGGGGAUAGAAUCACGGCACUUCACCAGCUCGUGUCCCCUUUCGGAAAGACUGACACUGCUUCUGUCUUGUUAGAAGCAAUUGGGUAUAUCAGAUUCCUUCAGAGUCAAAUUGAGGCCCUCAGCUCUCCUUACCUAGGCAAUGCUUCAGGAAACUUGAACCACCAACAUUCAGAAAAUGAUGGCAACAAUCUGCCCAAGGACUUGAGGAGUAGGGGCUUGUGUUUGGUUCCUGUGUCGUGCACGAUGCAAGUUGGAAACGACAACGGUGCCGAUUACUGGGCUCCUGCAGCUUUCGGUGGCAGUUUCUGAGCUGAUGAGCUCUCAUGGUCAGGAAAAUUUGCUUUUCAACCCGAUGUAAGGAUUGAGCAGAGUUCGUAUUUCGGAGUUCUCUCUCGUGGAAUGAAGUAACAUCAUGGGCAAUCACUCUGCUAAAAACAUAGGGCUGAUUGCUUAUGAUGCUAUGCAUUUCGAAUCAUCAAGUGUAAUUGCAUUUGCUUGAUAUCAUCAUUUGAUAGCGAAGUUAAAAUUUGACGAACAAAAACACUUCUUUGAAAUGCUUUUCCAGGAGCAACAAUGUGGAGCUUCAUGGUUUUAAUUAUACUAGAUUCAAUUUCCUAAA